ACUAAACCCAAAUAAACAACUUUGGCACCAAUAUCAUUAAUCACCGAUAUCAAUUGACGCGAUAUAAUUGGUGGAGAUUUCUACGGAUUCACGAAAAAAUGGGGUUUUUAAUGACCGCGAAGUUGUAAUCGGAACUUCGAAAGUUAAAUUAAUGCGGUUAUAACUAGUUAAGUGUUGUAUUAUAAAUAAAAGUAAAUUAAUCAAGAACUGUUUAUAAUGCGUAAUACAAAAGAACAAUAAGAAACUUGCGUGGAAUUUGUAAAUCUACGGUUUGUUUACCUUUACUCUUACUCCGAAUGGAACUUUCCCUUUGGCUGCUGUCUUUCAAUUAAUUUAAUAACGCAUUGACUAUCAUGAUCUGUGACUGAUUUGAUUAUUUACAAAAAAUGUAGAGACAGUAAUAUUACAUAUAUUCUGCUAUUUUAAUGAAAAUAAGAAAAAAGAACAUGAAACAGGAAAACGAAAUUACUAAGUCAAAACAACUAUUACAGAAAGCUACUAAAGAAACUCCAUAUUCGUUUUUACCUCAUAAGCGAAAACAAGAAAACAAACCUAUUGUAGCUAGUACCAUUUCUAUGUCUGAAAUGUUCCAUGACUUGUAUGGUAGCUUUGACUGUGUAAAGACUUUUAUAAGCCGUAGUACAUUACCGGACAGUGAUAACACUACAUGCCAGAACUUGCCACUUAAAAUAGAAGAUGAAAUUAUAAUUAUAGAUGAUGAUGAUGAUGAACCAGAAAUCCCAUUAAAGAAAUCAAAACCAGAUAAUACUUUUAGUUAUACAAGCCAUCUACCAUCAUCAAAAAACAAUGAAAAUAAAUUAAAUUAUGAAGAUACUAAUAAUUAUGAGCUCUCAAUAUAUAAAGAAAAAGAAAGAUUGCAUACCAAAACAGUAAAAUAUGAUCCAUAUGAUUUUUAUCCGAUUCCCAGUACUUCUACAAAUACUGAAACAAUUCUUAAAAAUGAACAAAAAUUUCAAGAAUAUUUGAGUCAAGAAGUAAAUAAUAGUCAUAAAAUUAUUGAAGAAAAUUGUCAACCCCUGAUCACCGAUGAUACUACUACUCAAGAAUUGAAUAAUAAGAUUAAAAGUCAAUAUGAUAUGGAUGCUCAAAAAUUAAAUUGUAAAAAAGAAAGUAACAAUACUGACAUAAAUAAAUCUAAUAUUAAUUGUCCUAUAAUGACUGAUAUAAUUGAUCCUAUUGACUUUAUUGAUUUAAGUAUUAUUGAUGUUGAUAAAGUUAUUGGUGAAAAUAAUUUAAUUUUAAACAAAAUACGAAAUAGGGAGAAAAACAGAAUAGGGAAGUUAAUUGAAGUAAUUAAAACAGAUUCUGAAGAAAUCAUUCCAGUUCAUUCAGAACUAACUAUUAUUGAUGUUGACAAAGCUAUAGACGAAAAUAACUUAAUUUUAAACAAAAUCCGAAAUGGGAAGAAAAACAGAAUAGGGAAGUUUAUUGAAGUAAUAAAAACAGAUUCUGAAGAAAUCAUUCCAGUUUUGAAUGACUCAAGUAACAUUCAAGAUACAGUCUCAACAAUUUGUUUAACUACUCAAAUAGAUCUAUCUGGUGUCCCUGCAUCACCAGCCAGAACUCAUGAGGAUCCAUACAGUGUUCAGAGUAUAGAAAGGAGCAAGAAUGUACCUUAUAAAAGUUCUCAAAAGUUGUCUUAUGAAAAACCCAAUGUCCGAUCCAGACAAGUUGAACCAAGUGUACCAAAUAUGCUUAAUCAAAUAACAAAUCCAUCAGUACUCCCCAUUAAUUUGCCAGUUGUUCGAACAACUAACCCAAUAAGUCAAUCCUAUAGUUCACAAUUGGACAAUUCAAAUGAAAACUUAAUUAUAAAUUAUAAUGCAAUAAUAACUUGUAACUGCAUUCAACAAACGCAACAUAAAGGGCUAUCUCAAAUAUCAAAUAUAGAGAGAAAACAUUCUGAUCAAAAUACACAACAAAAUAUUAACUCAACUGAAGAUAAAACAAAUAUAAUUUCUGCAAGAUGUCCAAUUUGCAUGGAAACUCUCGCUGAAAAGGUAAUUGCUAGUACUUUAUGUGGACAUAUUUUUUGUAUGCCUUGCAUUAAAGAAGCAUUAAAGUACCCUCCCAAAAAAUGUCCUACAUGUAGACAGAAAAUUUUUGGUUUAGGUUAUCACCAGAUAUUUUUAUUUUAAGGAAAUCAUAUUAUAUUUUAAAUAUAAUAUUCUUUACUAUAGUAGUGAAACCAGGGUAGAUUAAAAAUUAUAUUAAGAUUUAUUUGUUACUAAUACUAACUUUGUUUUUAUUUAUAAGUUAUCAGAUUCAUAUCAACAACAAUUUCGUUCCUUAUAUUUUAGUAAAGGAUUGUAAAUAUUGUGUUAAAAAAUGUAUACAAAUUCAAUUGUUGUAAGUACUAUAAAUUAUAUUACAUAUACACUUAUAUCAAAUGUUUUUUUAAGAAAUUUUAUUUUGUUACCAAAAAUUUGUUUAAAAAACUAUAAGUCAUUGUUUGUACAUGUAUAUCUGGCAAUAAACUUGUGACUAAAUAAUAAAUAAAUGUCCAGUGUUCACUAACAUAGAUUAUAAGCUCUUAAUUAUUUUUACUAAGCCACUAU